AUGUCUCGUAACAAAUUAUACACAUACAAGGGUGGUCCGAGAUCUAUUGGCAUCCUUGCAGUCGCCCAUGCCGUCAACUAUGAUAUCGAGGUGGUGGAGACGAAUCCACAAACUGGACUUUCCGAAGAAUACUUGAAGCUGAACAGAUUGGGCAAGACGCCUACUUUUGUUGGUUCUGAUGGCACGGUUCUGACCGAGUGUAUGGCAAUUGCACUACACGUAGCAAGUCAAGACUCCAGAUCAAGGAUGCUCGGCUUUGGACAUAUGGACUUCAUCAAAAUCGUCAGCUGGAUGUCCCUCUGCAACACCGACGUCGUCAAAAGAAUGGCAGCCUGGAUCCUCCCACUCCUGGGCGUGGCACCUUACUCUCCAGAUGGCAUUGAUCAGGCAAAGAAGCAGACGGAUCAAGCCAUCCAAAUCUUCGAGGAUCAUUUACAUGACAGAAGAUAUCUCGUGGCUGAUUGCUUGACUCUGGCUGAUCUUUUUUGUGCUGGUUUGGUCAGUUUUGGUUUUGCCAAGGUUUUUGACAAGGCAUGGAGAUCCAAGUUUCCUUGCUUUACAGCUUGGUUUGAGAUGGUGACGGCUUUGGAGAUGUAUCGAGCGGUGGUGCCUGAUACUGUUUUUGUAGAAACUGCUCUGGGCCCGCCGACUGUAUCGAUGAGGAGCAACUACACUGCGGAUGACUAG